AUGGAUUCAAAUGUUCACACUCCCAAACCCUUUCCCCAACCGGCUGCGGGGUAUACUCAGCCAUUCUGGCGGACAGAGUUGGAUGAUCUGGAUAGCCACCAGAGCUCAGCGGAUCUACCUCCAGAGACUGAGAUUCUCAUCAUCGGCGGUGGCUAUGCUGGAGCCUCGGCUGCGUAUCAUCUCUUCAAUGACGCACCUCAAGACAAGUCACUGGGGGUGGUGCUUCUCGAGGGGCGAGAGUUGUGCUCUGGUGCAACUGGCAGAAAUGGAGGCCAUCUAAGACCCGAUCUAUACGCAGCCACCAAAGUGUACCAAGAGCGCUAUGGUCUCGAAGCCGCUGCCGAAGUUGUCCGAUACGAGAUCUCCCACAUGAAGCAAUUGGAAGAGACUGUGCGGAAUGAAGGAAUAGAUUGUGAUCUCACUUUUACUCGCUCCUAUGAUAUUUUUCUCGACGCAGAUCAUCUUGCUGCGGCAAAAGCCUAUUAUGACUCUCUGGUCCAAUAUGACCUCGACUUCAUGAGCGAUGUCGAAUACCUAACCGAGAAAGAAGCGCAAACGAUCGCCAAAGUUAAAAAUGCAAAAGGAGGCUUUAGCUUCUCUGCCGGUCAUCUAUGGCCCUACAAGUUGGUCGCUGGCUUGAUUCGUAUCGCAGUAUCUCGAGGCCUCCAACUUCACACCAAGACCAUGGUCACUGGGAUUGGCCAAACCCCGUCACUCGAGGGCUUUUGGCCCGUCACCACCAGUCGCGGUGUCAUUCACGCCCGAAAGAUCAUUUUCGCGACCAACGCAUAUACAAGCGCCCUGGCUCCGGAGUAUUCUCGAGCCAUUGUCCCUUGCAAGGGACUUUGUACUCAGAUUCAGGCUGCGCCCGGAGCUCCCUAUGAGGCGAUACCAGAGACCUAUGUUAUUCGGCAUGGACCGGGAUGCUUUAUUUAUCAGAUCUCGCGCAAGGACGGAUCCAUCAUCGUGGGCGGCGCGGAGUAUACGUACAGGGAUUCACCUGCACAGUGGUACAGCAACUCCGAGGACGGGUCCGUGAUUCCAAAUGUGGAAACCUAUUUUGAUGGAUAUAUGCAACGAACCUUUCAUGGUUGGGAGGACAGUCAGGCUACCGUGAAGCAAAAGUGGACCGGAGUCAUGGGAUAUAGUGCUGACUCUCUUCCUCACAUCGGAGCCAUUCCCAACAAACCAGGACAAUUCAUCGCCGCCGGCUUCAACGGGCACGGAAUGCCGGUGGUCUUUUUGGGUGGCAAGGCUGUCGCUGAAAUGGCGCAAAAAUCCAUCUCUUUCUCGCAGACCGGUCUGCCGAGACUGUUUGAGACGACUGCGGAGCGCCUCACCCCAAUCUAUGAUGAUACGAUGGGGUACCCUUAG